GGUAAAGUGGAAUAUCUGGUGAAAUGGAAAGGAUGGCCCCCCAAAUACAGCACGUGGGAGCCGGAGGAUCACAUUCUUGACCCUCGCCUGGUGAUGGCUUAUGAAGAGAAGGAAGAGAGAGACCGUGCCUCAGGUUACAGGAAGAGGGGUCCAAAACCCAAGCGUCUGUUACUGCAGAGGCUGUAUAGCAUGGACCUGAGGAGCGCACACAAAGGGAAAGAGAAACUCUGCUUUUCUCUGUCACGGAGGUUUGGGGGAGGAGGGAACAGCCUGGCAGGAGCCAAGGGAGGGCCACCUGAUCUGCCCGAAAAGAGUGGGGGAGCAGUCCUGCCCUUCCCUCUUCGGAAACAGAGCAAGAACAAGAAGUACCUGCGCCUUUCGCGGAAGAAGUUCACCCGCAUGUCAAGCCUGGAGAACAGGAACCGCCGUCGGGAGUUCUUCCUGAAGGAGCCAGUGGCGCUAGAGGACAGGCAGACUCCCAGUGACUGGGAUGAUGCUACACAACCCGCCAGCAAGGAGGUGAGCUCAGAGGCAGCAGAAGGCAACCUAACCUGGAGCCCUGCCCUGCCCCCAAAUGAAGUGACAGUGACGGACAUCACAGCAAACUCCAUUACCGUGACUUUCAGAGAAGCACAAAUGGCAGAGGGCUUCUUCCGAGACCGGAGCAUCCAGUUCUGAAAUUUCAUUUUUAUUUCAUUUUUUUUCCUUUCCCUUCUGUUUGUUUCUGUUUUGUUUUUCUUUCCACGUGUAGGAGAUAUUCGUGUUUGUAUUUUGUGUUUCUGUGUUCCCAAUCAAAUUUUUCCAGGAUGGGUGAUUUUUAAUUGUAUUAUUUAAUAAGCAAAAUCCCAAAAAAAAAAAACCCUUCACAAAUGUUUACAGAGGAUUUUGAUUUUAUUUUGACUGUCUCUCUGACUCUUUAUUUUCUUUCCUACUCCACUUUCAAAUACGCAAAAACAAGAAAGGCAAUGUGGGGGUGCCUGUGUUUUCCUUCAUUUAUUACUAUAUAUAUAUAUAUAUAUAUAUAUAUAUGAGAGAGAGAGAGAGAGAGAAUAUAGAUAUAUUACUUGUCUGUUGUUGCUUUGUUUGUCUGGGAAACGGAAACUCUUUUCACUGGCAAAGAUGUUUACUCACAGUGUGUUGUAAAAGAACCUCCAUUCCUUACAUUGGGGAUACAGAACCUCAGGCCUAAAGGCCAAAAUUGUUGUUCUUGGAGUCUUGGUUCUCUUCACUGUAAGUCUCCAAGUGUGAACCCACCCCCUCUCCUUAUCUUACCAAUUCUUUGGUAGCUUCCUGGCCUUUGUGCAGUUUCCCUACCCCAUUCUAGAAGCUUAGUUCCUGCCUGUGAAAGAUUUAAGCUACAGUAUGUUGGCAUGUUUUGUGGUCCCUGAGAGCUUUUUCAAAAUGAAAUUUGGUCUUUGGGCUAAAAGAGGUUCUGCAUCCCUGCCUUAGAUGUGUAAUGGCAUUUCUGCAGUUGAAGUAAGGAUGGGGGUGAGUGUCUAGAAAUAGGGAAGAGGCCAGUUAUCCCUCUAUUCUUCCAUGUUUCAGUGUAGAUUUUCCUUGGUCAAAUGGCUUCCCUGGUCAGCUUACUUCUCAGUAACACCUGUGAAAGCAGCAAUCCUCACCAUCUUUGGAUAGCUGAUUUCUUGGUUUUGAUGCUUCCUUGCUUACCAGUACUGUAUAAGAUGUGGCCCACUGGGGUCCACAGUGCUUCCACAAACACUGUAAUUUGGGAGACUACCUAUACCAUUGGUACACAGAUGAGCUUAUUUGGAUUGCUCAAGGGAACACCUGUAUUGGUGCUUCCCCUACUCAGUCUUUUUUAGAAGCAGAAGCUCAAGGAACUACUAUUAGAGGCAUACUGGCACAAAAUAAGUGCUCCUUGCCAUUAUUCAUCUCAUGAUGUAGGUGAGUGGGUUUCAGGUCCCCCCCCCCUUUGAAAACCUUCAGCUUAACAGAUUAACAGGGGCUUCUCAAUAAUGAGCUCUACCACCUUACACCUGCAAUGCGUAGCCACAAGAAUGUCUGGGUGUUUGAGCAUGUACUUUGUUUACAUAGAAUCCCAAAGGUGCGAGUGUCAUUGUGCAUAAAGUUAAGGGUGUGCUCCAGAAUCUGCUGCAAUGCCAAGGGAUUCUGUGGCAGAUAUGGAGAAUUCUUUAAUUGGACAUAUAAAAGGUUCUUGGUGGCUGGGAGAUUUGAUCCCCAUUGGGUAGCAUAUGGUCAUGCCUAUCUGUCUUCAGAGAUGUGAAGGACCUAUAGGGCUAAAUAAGAGUUUAGUGAGGAUCGUGAGGAUGGCUGGAGUUCAGUGUGCAUUGGUGAGUAUGCAUUGUAGAGCUAAGCACUGAAGAGCAGCAGCUAGAAUACAGAAACCAAAACUGAAGGAGAUGCUGGUUUCAUGGGUUGAUGGAAUAAUUCUGAGCAACAACAACGCUGCUAUGGUUAGCAGCUAAUGGACUGUUGCUUUACAUGACCAUUGUCUUUGGAUUCAUGUCUUGACUAAAAGAUUGAACUGCCUAGCAAUUGCAUUUCUGUGUAUGUUAACGAUUGAAGGUUCUUCCUAUUUUGAAUGCCUAGAUAACUGCUUCAAUCAGUCCAGCUUGGACAUCUUUGCUAGUUAUCAGUGUGGUGAUAUCAGGGUAUACAAACUAUUAAGAGGGUGUUUAGAAGCUCUGUUUUAAUAUUUGCAGGACUUAGGAUGAUUCAAGGAACACUGCAAGAAAUUCUGCUCCUAUUUAAGAUGAAGGGAGUUUUGCCAUUGACUUGUAUGAAGCCAUAAUGGUAUCUUAAUAAAACUCUUGGAGCAGUGGCUUGGUUAGAUCAGAAGCAGGGUCGGUGAUGGAGAGGAGGAUGGAUUCUUCUAUAGAAUCAGAACUGUAGUUGCUACUGGUGCUUCUGAAUGUAGACCAUGAGGAGAUCACCAUUGCCCUGUCUGAUUGAAAUGAGGGGUCAGAAGUAUUGGGGUAGAAAAGAGUAGGGUUUGGAAGACAAAUCUAAGGCUUAUAUUUUUUCUGCUUUUAAUUUGUUAAAGGGAUAAAGUGCCCUUCAAAGUAUUAUCCCUCCUGUUCUAAUCCAUGAACCUCUGGUCCUUGUAAAUGUCUUUCUAUACAAGUAAGGGUGUCUUUCUGUGAAGUUCCCCACUUAUGCCAGGGAGAAGGUGCCUGCAGUUCCAUGGAGCCUUGUCUUGCACUUCAAUGCCUUGGAACUUGUGUUACGACUUCUUUGUGAGUUUUUUUGCAUUGUUUUUAAAGGAAUUGUAUCAAGGAACUGUAUAGCUUUAGCAUAUGUUCUCUGUGUGUGCGUGCGCGUGCUCUUUAUGUUUGCUUAAACAAAUGAAAACUGCAGAAAAUAUAGCUUCUUGUGGGAACUUAGGUUGGGAAGUUAGAAAGUAGGGCCAUAAUCCUAACCUGUACCUGAUAGUAAGUACUGCUGAAAUUAAUGGGACUUACUUCUAAGUAAACCUGCUUAGGGCUAGAGAUUGGAAGAGAAACUGAUGGAGCAUAAGAUGUUGUAGUGCAUCUUUCACCACCUUAUUUACUGACUCCUUUCUUGCACACAAAAAAUAGAUUUCUCUCCUUGGGUGUGUAAAAUUACAGUAGACUGGAGAUUUAGAAAAGCUACAUUUAAAAUCUUUGUGGAUAUUAUAGUCUGCUUGGAACUUUGUUCUGGUGAAACACUGUAAUAUUGUACAAGAUGUCACCUGCCAAUUUAGAGAUGUUUUCUGCCUUUUUAAGAGCAGUGAAACUACUGUGGAUUUUUCUUUCCAGAGCUCUUAAAGGGAGGGAUGCUGAUGUUGGGUUAGAAGAUGUAAAUCAUCAUACUCAUGUUAUUCACAUUAACAAAAGUGGAUCUGUUUUUUUUGGAUGUAGGUGUGAUAUACUGGAAUUCUCUUCCUAAAUCUAUUCUGGCUGCUUUUGUCUUUUCCAUCAGACUACAGAAUAGCAUGACAUCUAGGCUGCCUCACUAUAAACAUCUCUUUCCAGACAGCUUUAGCAAAUCAAGAGCUUGAUUCAGUGCUGAACUCUUAUUGUGAGACCUGGUGAAAAUGUUAAACACUUGAUGGUCUCUUCUCAGAAUAAUCUGAGCACAGGGAAAAAUAGCAACGUUUAUAUAUGUGUGGGUAAUUUGGAAUAAUUUUAGUCUAACCCUCCAGAAGGCUAGAACCAUCAAACACCUGUGCUUCACAUUUUGCAGAGGUAUUGUCUUUCUCCUGACAUUUUCUACUGCAGCUGUUUAAACUUUUGUGGCCAUUAGUAUCUGGCUUGUGGGGCUGUACUAGCCUUCUCCAACCUGUGCCCCCAGAGUAUUUGAUUGCAACUCCCAUCAUUUUCUGCCAGCAUGGUCAAUAUACUGAUUGAGGAAGAUGGGAGUUGCAGUGCAACUCAUCCAGAGGACAUCAGAUUGGACAAAGCUAGUCCAUACCAUGAAGCUGUUUUACAGAAAUAAAUGCCCUCUGUCUAAUAAUGUUGGGUACCUACAGUCAACAAAUUGUAUUGCAAAAGCUGAAUGUGCAGAAUCGGUUGGCAGUUGACUGGCAGCUUAUUGACCAGACUCUGUAGCUGUGACCGUAAUGCUAUGCUGAUCUUCAUAAGUUAGCAAAGAAAAAUGUUGUGAAAUGCUUCACAUUUUAACUCCUACAGAACAAAUUGUAGAAAAUAAUUAGAAAGUUGGGGAUCCUGGGUCUACUCCAUAUUGCAAUAUGGAUCUAUAAAAGGUUGUGCUAUAAUUUUUUUCAUUUUUCAUAAAUUAACUGCAGGUGGGACUUCUAAUGUAUUCAUUCCCUUUUUAAUAUGUUGUACGUAUGAAGUCUUGCCUUCAUAGAUUUGCCACAUUUAGCUACAUGUUUAACAUAGCAGGAACCUUUGGAAAGAAAAACAUCUGUUUUGUCACCUAAUUUCUGUUUUCUCCUUCUAUUUCUUCCUUUAUAGCCAUAUGUACACUACAAAACUGUAUCAGUUUUAUGUGAUUUAAUUGUAUAAAACUAUAUCAUUUUAUCUAAGCUUCCCUCACAAACCUGAGGACUGAAGUCUAAUAUGGGGUGAUGGUGAAAAUCCUCAUAAGCCUGUCUGCAGUUCCCUAGAAAUGACUUAGAGUGCUGUAAGUCUGCAGUGCAGAUGGGUCCUCUGUGCUGUUUCCAAGACAAUAUGAAAACCAUGUUUUCUCCUCCUCACUCCUCUACCUCUGGUAAGGAGAAAAAAAAUUGAUUCCAUGCAGCAGGAAACACUGGUUGCUAACAUGACAGGGACAGUGUCUAUCUGAAGUGUGCAUGGUCUUUAAAUUUUAAAAAUCACAUGACUUUUGGUAACUAUCAUCUAUCCUUGUCUAAAACAGUUUCUAGCCAUACGGUUUUUUGAAUGUGAUUAAGGGGUUGGCAUCUUCCCAGUUGAUUUGAAUCCUUCCAGCUGUGUGAGGCUAGAAGGGAAAGGAUACUUUAAUUCUGCUUUAACAUCUCUAAAUCAUUGUUUGCCUUUUUCAAAAUUCAGUCGGCUAGCUCAAGCUACUUAUGUGAAAGGAAGUCUUAUUAAUAUGUGUAUAUAUUAAGUACCAGGCCAUCAGCCUUAGAGAGAAAUACUUCCCCCACUACCCCACUUUUUGGUAGUUCAAUUCAGUGUCUUAACUAUACAUAGCUUUGAGAAACAGGUCAGUGCGCUUUCAGUUAUGUGAAUUUUACUAUUGAAAAGAGAUUUUGUGUGGUGUUCCCCCUCCCUGCUUUCAAGUUUGGUUUGGAGUACAUUGAAAUUGGAGUGUGUCUAGUUACAAGGAGAAAGAGGCUUGCUGCUGGUGAGAUUAAAUGAUUCCAAAGUAGUGUGUGGCUGGAAUACUAUCUAGCAAUUCUGGUUUUAUGUUGAGAAAGAGCCCAGCACUUGUUCUUUCCACUCCCAUGCUCAAAGUCAAAGCUUUCUGGGUAACAACAAAUUAUAACAAGAAUUUAUUUUAAAAAGUGGUAUAAAUACAAUAAAAAGCAUAACAUUAAAUACAAAAUGUUUAAACAAAUUAAAAACCAUUGCAGCAAUUAAAAACAUCCAAAGUGUUCAAUUAAAAUCUUCUGAGGCAAAAUAACAUGUUGCUGUGAAACGAAAAAUAGACCAAAUGACUAAAAUCUUAUCUGUUUAAAUUGAGGAUUCACAUAAAUUCCAAUAAAUUACAAGAUUAUCUAAUUUUAAAUCAGAUAGUUACAGUGGGUUUCAUGUGUGCAUAUAAUUUGAUGGCAGCACUGACAAACCAACAGGCAACUAUUUUGACUUCCAAAGGGGUUUCUGUCAUACGUAGAUAGGGCCCAAUAACAUGUUCUUUAGGGCUAUGCCUAACUAUCCUCUAUUAUCCUUUUCCAAUGUGCCCAGUGACUUUGCAUUUGACUCUGUGUGCCCUAUCCUACCCACCAGUCUCUAGCAGGGUUCUGGUGCCUUUUUUUUAGUAACUGUGUGACAAGGCAGACAUACAGUUAGUUCAGUUUUCCCAUUGCUGCAUUUUCAUGCUUGGAAAAAAAUGGCUAUUGAAUUUCUGUGCAUCCGUACAGCUGCUAUACAAAGAAGCUAGUGGAGAAGGUGGCAGCUGUGGAUACAGCCCAUGCUUGAUGUUAUCUUGUAAGAGAUGUUGGGAUUGCUUUAUUUUUCUUCCCUUGCAAAAAUGUCUUAAUGUGUGCAUGUAGUUCAUGAUUGUCACAGCUCUGUAUCACUGCUAUAAUUGAAAUUAUAAAAACGGUAUUCUGAAAAUAAGGAUAGGCUGGACAUGCACAUGGUAGGCAUGUCAUGAGUGGAGCCACCUGGAGCCGGGGGUCAGACUAGAUGGCCCAGGAGGCCUCUUCUGACUUGUUCUGUUUCUGUGUUUCUAUAAACCAUGUACUGAGCAUCUUGCUCAAAUUAAGUUCAACAUUCAAGGCAGAAAAAUAGAUACUUUAUUUACCAUAAAUGAAAGGGUCACUGGCCCUUUUUCCACAUAAUGAUUAGCCAGAAUUACUGACUUACCUUGGUUUACUGUGAAUUAGCUUUAUACUGAUUUACAAACUUGUUGGCUUCUCUCUUUCACAGGCAGGAAAAUAAGCCAGAAAUAGAAACCUGGAUUUGUUGUUUGCUUAUGAGCCGUAGCCUCUUUAGGAACACCAGCUUUGGACGUCAUGUAAAACUUUCCAUUUCUAGUUUGCUUUAUCUGCUUGUGUGAAGGGAGGAACAAAAGAACCAUAUGCACUAGUAAUGCUGAUUAUUUGUUCACAGUAAACAAUCAGUUCUGGCUUAUGUGCAAAGUGUCUCCUUUUGGGUAAUAUAUUGAAGAAUCUAUAACGAGGCUUCUGGUGACUACUGAAGAAAUUCAGACGUUGGUCUGAUUAGCAACAAACUUUAUGGUCCUGGAAAUACAGAGGCAAGCCCCCUAAUAAUGUACUGUCCUGAUCCUGAAUUUGGAAUCUGCUUAUACCAUGCAUUGGUGAUCAGAAUUAUUUUUUGAUCACCAGAACUUGGUGUAAGCAAGUUCCAAGCUUAGGAUCAGGCCUGUACAUCAUGUGAGCUGGGACUUGCCCUUGUUAUUCCAGUUUGUACUGGUAGCUUUGUUAUUUAGUACCAAUAGUUUGUUAGCCUCCUCUUCAAAGAUAAGUAUCAUAUUUGAGAUAUUAACUUUACAUAUACACAGAUUUUAUGACUGAGGCAGGAAACUGGUUAGUGUUGGUAAGCAUGCAAUUGCAAUGAGAAUAUUGCAUGUUAAGUAGAGGCAAGGGUCAGGGAGAUGACAAUCCCAGUUCUGUUAGUUUUAAAUGGCUCAAAAUACAGCAAAACAAUAGAAGUCUAAUAGGUGGGGGUGUAGUGAUAUUCCAAAGGACUCACUAUAGUAUGCAUGUGUAUAAUUAGUAAAUAUGCAUGUGUUAAAUAAGCCAGCUGAAAAAUCUUAAUCAUGUGAAAAGUGCCCUUAGGUCAUUACAUGUGAUAGUAUAUUGGCCGUAGUUUUUCUUGGUCUCAAAAACUGCUCUAGAAUUGUGUUGUCUUUUUCAUUUCUAAUAGUAUUUUCAGGGCUGGGAUGCAUUUGACCAAGUCUCACAUUAUUAUGAAUAUUUCUAACCUGUAAUCUCUCCCAGCACGUCUUACCCAUUCUAUAAAGGAUGCCAAAGGAUUAGUAAAAACAAGCAUCUGUCUUCUGAAUCACCCUACAGUAGGUACUAAACUAGUCCAAGGUAAAAUGCUGUUGAAUAAUUUCUUCUAUGAACCUAGUUAGUUUUUUUAUGAAGCUGUUCACCUUUUUGUCAUGUGAACAGUAUUCACAAGAAGGACUGUAUAGGGAAGGGACAUGUUUGAGUUCAGUGUAAGUCAUGUAGAUAAAUGUUCUCUAUGCAUACCAUGCUUCAGUGACCUGCAUCAGAGAAGACACAGGAUCAUUUAAUAUUCCAUGUUGAUAAUUUCAAGCAUUAUUUAGAAGAGAAUUGGCUUUAUGUUCUCUAAAAAUAGUUACUGGCAAUGUAGUGGGGGAAAUGAGAUGCUGUGGAUAGGGGAAUGCAAGCCACAACUUGGGACAGAGUACAUCGUAGAACUAUGGUUACUCCAGUGACAUUGCCUUGACAGAUGUUUUUUUUUUAUCAUAGCAAAGAUAAAAAAGCCACAGAAGGCUUAAAGAUAUAUAAGGCCAGUACCACCAUGGUUAUGCAGAGUUGACUUUGUACGAUUGACUAUAGCCUUGUUUUGAUAUUCCUUGAGAUAUCCAUGCAUAUUCAACCAAAAUGGAUCAUAAGAGAGGUAAGAUGCCUCCAUGAUCAUUGGCUUGGUGCUGAUAGGCUGCCAGUUGCACAGGAAAGUACAAUGUUCCUUUAAGAAGUAAGAGUAGGUGUGACCUUUUAAAGAAAUGUUGAAAGGUAUGCCAGGUUUUUCCUUUUAACAGUAAGGAACUUCAUUGGGAAAGGGAGCCCUUUCCCUUUUUGCAAUACCUGUGGCAAAAGGCAUUGUAAAACAUAAAGUCUUUUCCCCCCUCUCUGAACCAAAAAGCCCCACAAACCAAGCAUGGUCUGAAAUGGGGACUGCCAAGCAGUAUUUGGAGAGGACCCAAGCAAUGGGGAAAUACGUAUUUUUGAACCCAUAGGGUUGCUGGUUUGCUUGGUAUAGAUUGGACACUGUCCUGAUGAGAAGCUUUAAAGCCAAUAUAAUUAGUGAGACAAAAGAAAUUGAAACAGGGUAUUAAAGAGGAGGGGAAUGUAGUGUUGACACCAAAGGUUUUUAAUGGAUCAAAAUGCAGAUGUUAUAUUUGCCAAAGCACUUCUGAAUUGUCCUGUGACAAAAUGUACCAGUUUACAGAAGAAUGGGACUGCAGAAUCACACUAGUAAUGACAUACUUCCAAACUAAUAUUAACAGUCACACUGAUGGUUGCAAUUGUCUGCAAUGUAGAUGGUGUAGGCUACAUAUACAUGUCUGUGUUUGCUUGGCGUGUUGCAGAUUUGCACCAGGAAAAACCCAACCUAAAUGCACAGAAAUGAGUACCAAGACUAUAGUCCUAUGCACAGUUACCAGGAAGUAAGUCCCAUUGAAAACAGCGGUGCUUCCUUCUGAGUUGGUAUGCAUAGGCUUGCACUGUAAAUACUUGCUUCUCUGGCGUUUAGGAAUAACAUUGGUAAGGUGAAGGUGUAGCAAUAUCAGACUGCAGGCUACUCAUAUACAUAUUUACCACAACUGAGCUUUCAGCUGUUUUUCAGAUUGACCUGCACAGUGGGCUCACCAUUUUGGGCAAGGAAGACAUAAUCCUUCUUAGAAUUUGAUACUAUUCUAAACUCCUUUUGAACGCAACAUUUUUCAGAUAUCAGCAAUAAGUUGCUCGUUAUCCCUUUGGCUUUGGACAAGUUGGUCAAAUGCAGCAUUGUGGUUCUCUUCCAUUUAUAUGUGCGUGUAUAUAACAAAUAUUUUUAAUGCAUCUUUUCAGAGUUCCCCCUUUUCCUUGACAAAUUGCACUUUAAUAUUUUAUUAGAAAUAGGGAGCUUAGUCAGGCUCUUGGGUGGGAUGUAAGCAAUACAGCAGUUUUUUCUUAAUAACUGUUGUAUUCUUUUACUGGUGACCCCUUUUUAUGAAAGGAGGUUGGGAAAAUACCAUGAAAUCAAAGAUUUAAUAAAUCAGUACAGGGCAUUAUAAUUGUCUAAUGAAGUCUGAAGGCUUAUUCAGUGCCAAGUCUGUUUCCUGUUGAAGGGGGUGGAGCUGUGUUCGUCCUCAUUUGCACUUGAUCUUUCAAGAUCCCAGUCUGAAUUAAUUGCUUAAUUCUAUAUUGUUUUCUUCAGGGUUGGAAAGGGGCAGAGUAGUUGUGAUGGGGGAGAGAGAGACCUGAGGUGGUAUUCUCUUUUAAUUUUUCUCAAUGUGUUGUGGGGCUUUUCAUUAGUUCUCUUUAUUGGCAUGAUAUCUGAGUUGGUAUCUUCUUGACACAGUGCCCAAGUUAUCUUUGCACACAAAAGCUUCCUUUGCACAGAAUGAGCUUCUUUGGUUAUUUUGUAAAGACUAACUGAAUGUAUUUGGGGAGGGUGGGGCUGAGGGAACAAAUUCCAAGCAAAAUUAAAAGUAAAUAAAUGGAAGUUUUAAUGCCUUUUUUGUGAAUGAGUGAGUUUUUGCUGCAAACAGAGUGUAAUAGAAAUGAGAAGGCCAGAGCAAGUUUUAAUUGAUGCAAUGAGCGGCUUUAUUUUUGUAUUGAUAAUGGUUAAAAGACUGUACAACAUCUAUUUAUUUAGAUGAUUUAUGUGGUAAAUGUUGCAAACAAGAUUAUAAUAACAUUAAAUGAGAACUGACAUUUA